AAAAUACCAUCCGAAACCAAAUUAGAAAGAUGCAGCGCGGGGCCCGCCGCCUGGCUUACGUAUAUAUACGCGUGCGGGGAACGCCGCGCUCGCCCUCCCCUUCUCCUCCUGCUCCUCCUGCUUCCUCCCUCCUCCCUCCUCCCUCCUUCCUCCUCUCUGGUUUGACUCGAAUCGCCAUGCUCGCGGGAUCAGGUUUUGCUCUGUCCUUCUCGGUGCAGUUGUUGCGGAGAUAAUCGAGUACAUGCGCGAGCGGGAGGUAAUACCGACGUUCGCGGCCGAGAGCUUUCCAGGAGAAGAAGGCCUCAUGGAAAACCUCUAUGGCCCCAACUCGAGACUUGCUAGGAUGAGGGCAUUACUUGGAAAUUUUCCUGAGAUCAACACACGCAGAAUGGACAGUAAUCUGCUGCAGGGGAGAGGCCGCCAAAGGCAUUUCCAGAUGAAUCAAAACAUCGAUACAUAUUCACCUAUCGUCAAGUUUCUGUUAUCCAAAUCUCCAUCAUCAGCUGUGGAGAAUAACGAUUCCAUCUCGCCGGUCAUGGUUAAUAUGGAGGAAGAUACACUGGUGGUGGAUGGUGUCUUACUGAAAUCGGUUUCUGGGGGACCCUCUUCAGGGAAUAGUCGCCACAAGAGGUCAACUUAUCGAGCAGGAGAGGAGAAUUGUCUCUUCUCUUAUGGCUCAAAACGGCAUCAUGUUCAUGGAAAAGAAGAGCAGGCGCUGCGGUUCUCCCCUUUUGCCAUGAAGGCCAGCCCUGAGGCGAGCAGAACAGUACUCACAAGAGUAGAAAUGGCAACCAAUGCAACCCCUAGACCUGGACAAAUCCACAACUCAUCCAGCAGAACAAUGUCUCUUCUUGACUGGUCACCCCACGAUGAUGGCAUUCAGAUCAUUUUGCCUUCUCACCCUGGUGUAUUGACGUCAAGGGAAGAUGUAGAUACAUACAUUCAACAUUUUCUGUAUGGCCAGUCUCAUACUAGAAAGAGGUUGCCGGUCUUCACUGAAAUAUGCAGCCCAUAAAGCUCCAACUUGUGCCAUCCUUCAGCAUCUGUUUCUGAGCCUUUCGACAUUCGGGCAAAUGCCUUGCAGCUUCACUCAGCGCCCCUCUUACAAAGCUCAUACCUCUGACCUGGAUACAUACCCAUAUCUGAUUCAUGUUGAUGCAUAUACAUAACACAUUGCCAUGGACUCCAUAUUCUUACUGUAUACAAACCCCCUUGAUCACACUGGUGGCUAUAGCCACUCUUUAGAUAACACUUCCUCUACCGCAGCAGUCUGCAGGAUUUCAGAGCUCCACAUUUUUUUUUCCGGUCUUCUUCCCUACAUAGAAGUACAUUAUCCCUAGCUGAAUAAGAGGAUGCGAGUCAUGUGUGGGUGGGAGCGAACAAAGAAAGCAAAGCGCCUCCUCAUAAGCGAAUAAGCGUUAUCGGUGCAUAUACAGUGCCCGCUAAUGAGAUUGAACACCUCAUAUGGGCGAAAAUAGUUUUUCUGUUACACUUCUUGUAGAUACUCAUUGGCACCAAGAAUUGUCUAUGCAAAAAGUUGGCCUCAACAUGCCAAGGUGGCAAUAUACCAUGAUGUAUGUCU